CUUGAGGCGGCUGAGCUACUUCAACAACACCACAUCCAAGUUUCCCCGCUCCCUGUGUGUCUUUCAAGCCACCAUCGUCUAUCGUCUGUAUACUUACCAGGUCUAGUCCGCGUGUCCACAUUACCCCGGGCGCGUUUCGGUGUUCUCGCUCUGACUUUGAUCCCCGUCUUGUCGCCGGUCAUCGCCAUGGACGUUCUCGUAGACGAUGGCCACGAAUUGGAGGGCGGAUCUAAAACACCAGUUGUAAGAGGUGCCAGAGCUUGCACUGUUUGCCGGGCAGCGAAGAUGAAGUGUGUGGGUGCAGAGGAUGGACAAAAGCAAUGCCAGCGCUGCAAGCGUGCAAAUGCGGAGUGCGUUUUUGAAAAGCAUCGGCGCGGACGUAAACCAGGCUCCAAGCUGUCUGAGGCAUCGAAGAUGCUCCGACGUCUGGAGCGAGGGCUCCACAGUGCGAAAUUGAAAGCGCAGGUCGUCGAUCAGGGUUUCCCCGCCGAUGGCCGCGAAAUAUAUCCACGAGAAUAUGCGGCGCCGAACACACAUUUUACGAAUAACGAGCUGCCACCCAUCACUUUGCCUGGAGAGUAUGCAAAUGCUGGAUCUUCGCGGCCUGACAUGGAUAUGGACGAGGACGACGAAGCAGACUCGGAGCAUCGCGCGUUAUUCCCAGCCAAGCUCAUCCGCAAGGAGAACCAGCGCAAUUCAUUCUUCCGAACCAUUCUCAAUCCUACCGAAAGCUCAUCUGCAGUUGUCGCGUUACCCAGUCGUCCUUCAUACUCGCCACCUGCCACCACCCGACCAACUUCAUACUCCGAUCCCAUCAACACCGGGAUUCUAGACGAAGAUGGGGCGAAAGUCCUAUUCGAUCUCGUGUUUCUCCGCCUCAAUCCAUUCAUCAACUUGUUCGACCCUGCCCUGCACACGGUGCAAUACGUGCGGUCGAAAUGCCCAUUUUUGUUUACGACUUUGAUCAUGGCUGGGGCCAAGUUCUUUCGAGCGGAGAUCUUCAAGUCGUGUCAGAAAUUGGCCCAUGAGCUCGCUGUUCGGGCCUUUGCGGAUGCACUCAAAAGUGUCGAAGUGGUUCAAGCUUUCGCUUGCCUGACGUAUUGGAAGGAUCCCGACGACAACCGGACAUGGACGUACAUCGGAUAUGCAUGUCGGAUGGCGGUCGAAUUGGGCUUGAAUCGGUACCUGGCGAUACCGCCAUCAAAUGAAAGUGAAUUCAGCAAGCUAGAGCGCCGCAACCGAGAACGGACAUAUCUUGUGUUGUUUAUCCACGACCGCAGUCUCAGUACCCAAACUGGCCGCAGCUGGAUGCUUCCCGAGGACGACCUUGUCCGGCAUGCAAUCACGUGGCACGAGCAAGGCACUGCUCCUCCUCGACCCGAGGAUGUGAUCGUGGCUGCCUUUGUGCAGUUGAGGCGGCUAUCGUCUGAAACCACCGACAUGUUCUAUUCGUCCAAGGGACCGGGUCUCUCCAACGGACCGCACCACGAUGUCAACUACGAUGUCGUGCUACGCAAUUGCAACGGAAAACUGACACAGUGGAUUCGAUAUCUCCGCCCCAGUCUACAAGCCUUAUCGGCGUGCUGCACCAGUGCUUUGGACGGGCUUCGCAUUGUCUCAAAAGACUUCCCGGCCAUGAGCAUGCUGCUUUUGCGCAGCUCCAAUACACUGGCUGAGCUGCAUGAGGGGACUGCUCACGAGAUCCACACUCUCAUUUCAAAGACUGCAGAUGCUUAUGCAGAAGCCGCAGGCUUCCCAUCGACAUCGACUUCUGCCGCCUAUCACUCCCGCUUUCUCCGGAGUCUCCUAGCCAAUGACAUCUUCAAGUCUAGACGGAGUGAAGCAGACCGAUACGAACCUCUGCCGCUUGAUCCGAGGUUACAAGUCACAUCCUAUCCUGCCCAGCAAGUGUCUCCAACGCACGGCGCGCCGCCGCCGUACCACUUCACAGCGUCACCCAUUAGCAGCUUCUCGAGGGAUGAGUAUUCGCCGGACGGAUCAAACUACCAUGCCGACCCCUAUGUUCCAUCGAUCCACCACGCGUCCGAAUUGGACGCUCAUUAUUGGAAAAAUAUGUUCCUCGAACUUGGCUUUGGCGAAAGCCGUGGUCCGGCUGACUCCAAACCUAACUUCGAGUUGUCAUAUCACGUCCAUCCUCAGCCCUACGGCCAUCGACCUGUUGUUUGA